AUGACAGUAGAAGUUAGUUUAGAUGUAAAUAAUUUACAAGCAAUUGAUCAAGCUUCAUCAAAAAGAACAUAUAAACCAAAUACACAAUCUCCAAGAAAAAUUAUUUUAUUUGAUGGUAUUUGUAAUGUUUGUGAUGGAUUUAUACAAUUUGUUCACCCAAGAGAUACAAAUAAUUUAUUUUCAUUUCAAGCACUUCAAUCAGAGAAAGGAAGAGAAAUAUUACAAUAUUAUGGUAUUAAAUGUGAUGUGUCUACAGUGGUUUUAAUUGAUGAAUCUAUUGAUAGAGUUUAUGUAAAAUCAUCAGCAAUCUUAACAGUUUGUUAUCAUUUAAAUGCACCAUUUUCUUAUUUAUAUUCAUUCACCUAUGUACCAACAUUUGUUAGAGAUAUUUGUUAUGAUGUUUUUGGGAAAUAUAGAUAUUUAAUUAUGGGAAAGAAAGAUACUUGUAUGUUUAGUAUCACUUUAAGAGAUAAAUUCAUUGACUUUAAAAGUCCAUUAAUAUUGGAUGAAGAACAAAGUGAAGAAAAGGAAUUGUAA